CCAAGUGAGGUUCUUAAUACCAGUACACAAAAUGUUUGGAUUGCAGGUUCCUCAUGUGGUGCGACUUAAAACCCUAAUAUGUAAAGCAGUUGGUGUGUUGUUUAGUGUUGCUGGAGGUUUAUUUGUCGGGAAAGAAGGACCAAUGAUCCACAGUGGUGCAAUUAUAGGUGCUGGAGUACCCCAGUUUCAAAGUAUUGCAUUUAGAAAAAUCAACUUUGAUUUUCCGUACUUCCGAACAGACAGAGAGAAAAGAGAUUUUGUGUCGGGAGGUGCAGCUGCUGGAGUAGCAGCGGCUUUUGGGGCUCCCAUAGGAGGGGUGUUAUUUAGCUUGGAGGAAGGAAGCUCAUUUUGGAACCAAGCACUCACAUGGAGAAGUUUUUUCUGUUCCAUGGCUUCCACAUUCACAUUGAACUUUUGUUUGACUGGUAUUUUUGGUUAUGGCUGGGGUUUAUUCAAUCAGCCUGGCUUGCUCAACUUUGGAGACUUCAGGUGUAAGGAAGGAACAGAGAAGUGUGAUCUGUGGAACCUACAGGAUGUUCUGAUCUUCAUUGCUAUGGGCUUUGUUGGUGGUCUUCUUGGAGCCUGGUUCAAUGCUUUGAACAAACAUCUCACAGUCCAUCGCAUCUUGCAUGUCUAUUCACGAGCUAAGCAUGUUAGGAUUCUUGAAGCUGUUCUGGUUGGUUUUCUCACCACUUCAGUUGUAUUCUUUGGUCCAAUAUACCUUGCACGCUGCAAGACACUUCCUCCUGGCAGCACUAAGGGGAAUGACACCAAGCCUUACUUUUGUCAAGAUGGACAGUUCAAUGACAUGGCCACAUUGUUCUUUACCUCUCAGGAGUCAGCAAUCAGGCAACUUUUCCAUCUUGAUGGUGCCUUUAGUCUGACAUCCCUGGGGAUCUUUUUCAUCUGUUUCUACUUCCUGGCCUGCUGGACAUAUGGUGCCAGUGUUCCUAGUGGUCUGUUUGUUCCUUGCUUGUUGUGUGGUGCAGCUUAUGGCCGCUUUAUUGGAGAACUUUGCAGGCUGUUGGGAUACCAGCACACAUAUCAUGGAACAUUUGCACUGAUAGGAGCAGCAUCAUUCUUGGGGGGAGUUGUGCGCAUGACAAUCAGCUUGACUGUCAUCCUAAUAGAAUCAACCAAUGAAAUCAGUUAUGGCCUGCCAAUCAUGAUAACACUCAUGGUAUGUAUAAUCCUGCUUUUUUUAUGUACGGUGUACCUACUUUAAUUUACAGGUUCUGUAAGUAGCUUACUAUGAAACUAUAUCUGUGCAGUAAUGAGUUGACUCUUGUCAUUAUUUAACUUCCAACCCCCAUGCAUUUUCUUUGAUUAUUGUCUGGACUUAUCAUUAUUUCAUCUUAUUGUGUGGCUGGCUCUUUGAGCGGGCAAGAAUCAAAUCCUGCACUGUGAUUGGCUACCUGAGCGGGCAAGAUAGAGUUAUCUUGCCCGCUCAGGACUACC